AACCACUGUUGUUUUAUUUGACGGGUAACACUUAAGUAAACGCUUAGUAAUUAAAUUUUAUUUGUGUACUUUAUAAAACAACCGCAUCAGGAUUUGCUAUCAUUGUUGCAUAGCUGAUUCCUGUUCAAUAUGGUGUACUUCAGUAAUAUUUUUAUUUGUUCCUUUAUUUUAUUUGUAACAUUAAACUCGUCGUUUGUUACUGCGAUGACGAGAGAACAAAUUAAGAACUCUGGAAAAUUGAUCAAAAAGACAUGUAUGGCAAAAAAUGAUGUCACUGAAGAUCAAGUGAAAGACGUGGACAAAGGAAAAUUUAUAGAAGAGAAACCGUUCAUGUGUUACAUAGCUUGCGUCUACAAAAUGGGACAAACCAUAAAAGGUAACACUGUAAACCAUGACAUGAUGAUAAAACAAGUAGAAAUGAUGUUUCCAAAUGAAAUGAAGGCUCCGAUGAAAGCAGCCAUUGAACACUGCAGACCAGUUGUGAAAAAAUACAAAGAUGUCUGUGAAGUAUCUUAUUGGACAGCAAAAUGCAUUUACGAGUUCGACCCGCCCAAUUUCAUGUUUCCUUGAAGCACAUAAUUUUUUAUUUAUUAUUUCACAUUCUUUUCUCCUUUAAUUUGUGUGCUAACAAAUAAAUGAGUAUGUAUUAAA